AUGGGCACGGCUGAAAUGUUGCAGAGGGUGUUUGCAGACGAGAAGGCCAAAGAGGUCCGAGACCUGAUGGACGAGUAUUUAAAGCGUCUGCAGAUCAACUUGGGGAAGCCACAGCUCCAACUAGCUGAGACCCGGCAAAUAGAGCUCGUUCUCAGUGCGCAGCUAACGCGGCUAAAGAACUCCAUGCUGGUCGAUGGACAUAUGAACUCUAUGCUUCUGAAGCAGUGGGUGAACGGCGCUGCGUUUCACACCCAGAUGUUGAUCCAUCAGGCUCGUCUGGAGGAGGCCGACGGGUCGAGAGCGGUACGAGCAGCGGGCGUUUAUCAGCAACAGCUCAACGUUAUUAUAGACAGAUACAAGAAGUACCUGAUUGAGGGUUUGGCUGUGGGCGUUGCAUUUGGAGCUAUUGGAAAGACCUCAUCUGCUUCUUUUGAAAGUGCCAGAAAUUUGGCCAUCGGUAUUGGCAUCCAGAAUUUCCCAGAAGGCUUAGCGGUGAGCCUGCCGCUCCGGGGUUCAGGGAUGUCAACAUGGAAAUCCUUCUGGUAUGGCCAGCUCAGCGGCAUGGUAGAGCCCAUCGCUGGGGUCCUGGGCGCCCUCGCUGUCGUCCUGGCUGAACCUCUGCUGCCGUACGCGUUGGCGUUUGCUGCCGGAGCGAUGGUGUACGUGGUGGUGGACGACAUCAUACCUGAGGCUCAAGUCAGUGGAAACGGGAAACUUGCGUCCUGGACCUCCAUCGUGGGCUUCGUGGUGAUGAUGUCACUGGACGUGGGGCUGGGUUGAGAUCACCGUGUCGUCAUGGCAACAGAACACUCGAUGGCUGUGAGGUCAUCACUGUGCUGCUGGCUGUAGUUUUUUAAAUGGGACCAAAUGAAGUGUUUUAUUCCUGAAACGCUGUUAAUCUGUUUUGUUUUGAAUUGUUGCUUAUUUAAUUUAGCAGUGGAAACAAAUAUUUUGUAAGGAUGAGAGUUUCUCAAAUGUAGGAAUGAAUUUAUAAUAAAUAUUUAACGGAUAUUCUCAUGAUUCCAGCAUUUGUGGUUGUUUUGUUCUCUUUUGAGUUCUAAAACUAAAUAUCUUAGUUGUAAAAGUUAAAAUAAUGUUAUUUGUUUAUAAUUGGAUCCUCCUUCCCAUGUUUGUAUUUCCUCAGGAUGGCAACACUUGAAGUUCUGAUGAAGUUCAAUUUGGUAAUUGAUGAAUAUUCUGUUCUGUUUCGACACACAAUGUGGUGUGUUUGUUUACACUCUCAACACAUUUAAAACAAACAAAUGUCAGUCUCCUGUAAACAGAUGUAGUGCCUUCUUCCUGUCAGGACUCUGCUGCCCCCCGCUGGCGGUCUGAGGAAUCACAUGUUGUUGAAUUGUUUAAAUGCUGAUGUUUACUCUGAAUAACAAAGAAUUUCUAUAAUUAAACAAGAUCAACACUUGUCUUCAA